GUUUCGAGAGACCAAACUCGAGAGGCCAAACUCGGCGGAACAAAACGGAAUCGAACACGGAAACGGAAGAGAUAUCACGGUGUAGGGGUUCGAGGAUCGUCGACGAUCUCGGGGUUAAAAAAAGUUACGGCGCGUUUCCGGACGCCUCGUGGCCCGAGAGGGACUAAGAUUUUCAGAAUGUUUCAGAGACGACCAUCCCCCCACACGGCGGCUAUGUCGUCGAUCGCGUGAAACGAAUUUACGCGCGUUUCGCACGACGCUUGCCUAUCCCCUCAAUUUUUCGCACGACGAAAUUAUUCCCUCCCCCGCCCUCCGAGUACAUAGAAUAUAAAGCGUAAAGACGUGCGGAUGAGGGUUUCGACGGGACGUACCAAACAAACGUGGUGGUCACGCAUAACGGCAGUUGCCUGUACGUUCCUCCGGGCAUCUUCAAGAGCACUUGCAAGAUAGACAUCACUUGGUUCCCCUUUGACGACCAACACUGUGACAUGAAGUUCGGAUCCUGGACCUACGACGGCAACCAGGUCGACCUCGUGCUCAGCUCGGAGAAGGGCGGCGACCUGUCCGACUUUAUCACGAACGGAGAGUGGUACCUGAUCGGAAUGCCGGGCAAGAAGAACACGAUAACGUACCAAUGCUGCCCGGAACCUUACGUCGACGUCACCUUCACCAUACAGAUUCGCAGGAGGACCCUGUAUUAUUUUUUCAACCUGAUCGUGCCGUGUGUCCUGAUAUCAAGCAUGGCCCUCCUGGGCUUCACCCUGCCGCCAGAUUCCGGGGAGAAGCUCACCUUAGGAGUGACCAUUCUGCUGUCGCUGACAGUUUUCCUGAACCUCGUGGCGGAAAGCAUGCCGACCACCUCGGACGCUGUCCCUCUAAUAGGGUCGUACUUCAAUUGCAUCAUGUUCAUGGUGGCGAGCAGCGUCGUUUUGACGGUGUUGGUGCUCAACUUUCAUCACAGAACGCCGGACAGAUACAUCAUGCCGCAGUGGAUUAAAACGGUGUUUUUACAAUGCCUGCCGUGUUUACUGCGCAUGAGUCGUCCAGGGAAGAAGAUCACAAAGAAGAACAUUCUAGGAGGCAACCGAAGAGGAAAGAGCAUAGAACUGAAGGAGAAGAGUAGCAAGAGUUUGCUGGCGAAUGUUUUAGACAUCGACGAUGACAUCCGUCACAAGAAUAGCGCGGCAAAUCCUCCUUCCGGUUACAUAAGGUCGGCGUUCGGUACACCAAUAUCUACCGGGAGGCCAGCAACGGUCGAAGAUACAUCGGCAUCGUUACCACUCAGCGGGAUGCAGGAGGAAUUGCACACGAUACUCAAAGAACUGCGAUUCAUCACAGAUCGCAUGAAAAAGGCGGAUGAGAGCGACGAGAUCAUUAGCGAUUGGAAAUUCGCCGCUAUGGUGGUGGACAGGCUUUGUUUGAUCGUCUUCACGUUGUUCACGGUUUUGGCCACGAUAGUGAUAUUGUGUCGUGCGCCACACAUAAUCGUCCAAUAAAUAGACUGCCCCGGUCAAGUCACCGAAAAAAUGCACAAAAAAUGCCAAAGAAACGACGACACGUGAGUUUCAAGGAGGCUGCCACGGCGGAACGACCACGAGGAAGGAGAGCGCGUAAACGACUCGCCCUUUCUUCACCGCUGCUCUCUGCCUAUCUCCGUCCCUGUUCCCUUGUUUCCUUCCGCGGCGGGAAGGAACCUCUGGAACGGGGAGACUGCACGAGCGCGAGGGACCGUGCUCUUCCAAUGCUCGACGGGCGAGCCUCCUCCCGGUGGAGUGGACAGCAAGGGGAGAGAAGACAGGGAAGAAGCGAAGAAAAGGAAGAAGGAAGUGACCGGAAGAGGAGGAAUCUCUCUUCGUCGUUGGGUUAGGUUCUCGCUUGCCGACCAAAUUACCCAAUUGUUACCGUGUUUCGUUCGAUUUCGCGAAACGUCCCCCUCGCACGGGAAAAGAACCGCGAGUGGAGAGCGCGAUAGGGACCGCGAGAGAGAGAGAGAGAGAGAAAGAGCACGAAACUCGACGCUCGCACUCGAAGGCGAUAUACACACAUACACACACGCACACACACACAUACACACACAAUCUCAUAGGUAGACGUGUUCAUACGCGGACAAAGAGGAGAGCAAAUAGGAGGGCGCCCCCUCCCCCCUCCCUCUUGACACGUUAAACACUGUUGACAAUACACGGCCACGUUGUGCGUUCACUUUCUUCGGCUGAACCUUUUCCCCGUUUUCGGAAACCUAAUAAUUGUAACGCAGUCGCUUUCUCUUCAACAAUCUCCUCUCACCCUUUCUCUCUAUCGAUCUCUCUCCGGGAUAGGUGAUCGACGCUCGGCCGUCGUACUCGGCGAUACCCGUGAUAAAACUUUUAAAUUACCGCGUCCCUCGUUUAUCGAAUAAGCUCCGGGGACGCCGGACUCGUUCGAGGCCGUAUUACAUACAACGCGGGGAGAAAGUCGUACGGAGA